AACGAAAAGGGCAGAAAAAAAAACCCCGCUAUAUAUUCGAAGUUCAGGCGGUUUUUAAGCUUAGGGGAAAAAAUACAAGUUCUCCAGCUUAGAAGUGAACUCAGGUUUGUCCAACUGUCUGAAAUUUGAAAUUUUUCGCUGAAUAAUUGGAGAUCUGCUGUGGAAAUAGAUAAACACCAGACACUGAUGACGGCGGUGGCCACUGUGGCGGCGGCUAAGGAGUUGAGUCCCGAGGAAGAGAGGGUUUUGAUUACAUUGCCCUUUACCGCUGAAGCUAACACCAAAGAAGGCGAUCCCUUCUUUCUCAUCACUCAAAAAUGGUGGCAGAACUGGAUUGAUUAUGUGAACCAGGAUCAGCAGCUUAAUAACAACAACAACAAUGAAGGGAGCUCUUCUUUGGCUGGGAAUUCGGAUUCGAAUGGUUCGUGUAUCUCGAAAAGGCCUUUGGGAAUUGAUAAUUCUGAUUUGAUAUCCGAUGGGCUGGCUGAGGAUGAACCCGAGGAUAGUGUUGAGAUUCAUGAUACUUUAUUAGAAGGCCGUGACUAUGUUUUGCUACCUCAACAAGUUUGGAACCAACUUUUUUCAUGGUAUGGAGGGGGUCCUGCAUUGUCGCGAAAAGUAAUUAAUUCUGGUCUUUCUCAGACAGAGUUUGCCGUGGAGGUUUAUCCACUGCGUUUGCAACUUCUUGUGACACCCAAAGGUGAUUGCUCAACUAUAAGAAUAAGUAAGAAGGAAACAAUAGGUGAGCUUCACCGGCGAGCAUGCGAGAUUUUUCAUCUCAACAUGGAACAAGUUUGUAUCUGGGAUUACUAUGGUCAUCGCAAGCAUGCUUUGAUGAAUGACAUGGAUAAAACUCUUGAUGAUGUCAACAUACAGAUGGAUCAGGACGUUCUGGUGGAGGUCCUUAACAAUGUUAAUGAUUCAGCAUUAAGUGGUGGAACAAGUUGUCCAGACAAUGGAUUUGCAGAUAAGGAAGCCACUUCUGCUCUUCUAGAGCCAUCUAAAUCAGGCUUAUCAAUCGCAGGAGGUCUGUCUGCGAAUAAGAUUGCAUCCAGAAGUUAUACUGCAGAGCAAUUACAAAAUCAAACCUUAGGUUAUCAUAGUAAAGAAUCAGAAAACAAUCUUGGGAACAGUGGUGUUAUUACUAGGGGGGCUUUUGGUGGUUUAACUGGGCUGCUGAAUCUAGGGAAUACCUGCUUCAUGAAUAGUGCUAUACAGUGUCUCGUUCAUACACCAGAGUUCACUAGAUACUUUCGGGAAGACUAUCAUCAAGAAAUAAAUUGGCAAAACCCUUUGGGCAUGGUUGGGGAGCUUGCUCUGGCUUUUGGUGAGUUGCUGAGAAAACUGUGGGCACCUGGGCGAACGCCAGUUGCCCCUCGGCCUUUUAAAGCAAAGCUUGCUCGUUUUGCACCACAAUUUAGUGGAUACAAUCAACAUGACUCCCAGGAGCUUUUAGCAUUUCUGCUUGAUGGUCUUCAUGAAGAUCUGAAUCGUGUCAAACACAAACCGUAUAUAAACUCCAGAGAUGCAGAUGGCCGUCCAGAUGAAGAAGUUGCUGAUGAGUAUUGGGCAAAUCAUAUUGCUCGUAAUGAUUCGAUAAUUGUUGAUGUGUGCCAGGGUCAAUAUAAAUCAACACUUGUUUGUCCAGUGUGCAAUAAAGUUUCUGUAACAUUUGAUCCCUUCAUGUACCUCUCCUUGCCAUUGCAAUUCACCACCACUCGGUCUAUGACAAUAUCAAUUUUUGCUUAUGAUGGAAGUGCUUUGCCAUCAACAUGCACUGUCACUGUUCCAAAGCAGGGGCGUUACAGGGACCUGAUCCAAGCAGCUAGCAAUGCUUGUUCCUUGAAGCAGACUGAGGAGAUUAAGCUUGUCGAGGUACGGAAUCAUUUGAUUCAUAGGUUUUUAGAUGAUUCUCUUAUGUCAUUGUCCACAAUCAAAGAUGAUGACCAUCUUGCUGCAUACAAGAUUCAAAAGUCAGCAAAGAGCAAUGUUUUGGUUCAGUUGAUACAUCGCCGUCAAGAACAAGAAUCUAGUGAUGCUCAAAGAUGGAAACCUUUUGGAACUCCUCUUGUUUCAUCUCUUUCAUGUGAUGACGUGAUUAGAAGUGGUGAUAUCCAGACAAUUGUACAGACGAUGCUUACUCCGUUGCUGAAAGAGGGUAUAGAGCAUUCCGAUGGUUCAGAUCCAAAUGCCUCAGGCAUGUCAACGGAUCCAUUUGAUCAUGGUUCUGGUGAAGCCGAUACUAACUGUGCAUCAACUUCUACAAAUAAGGUCUUACUGAAACUGCCACUACAGUUGAUCGAUGAAAGUAAGACAUGUAUUGACCUGUCUUCUGGAGGAGAAAAUAUUAAUGUGUCAGCCAUGUCACCUAUAGUAGUGUAUCUUGAUUGGUCAUCAAAGCUUUUGGAGAAGUAUAAUAUAAAUUAUCUGGAAAACUUGCCUGAAGUGUUUAAAUUUGGGCCUAUUACCAAGAAAGCUCGUACUGAACCUCUUUCUUUGUAUUCCUGCCUGGAGGCUUUUUUACGAGAGGAGCCAUUGGUGCCAGAGGAUAUGUGGUACUGCCCGCAAUGCAAGGAACAACGACAAGCAAGUAAAAAGCUUGAUUUAUGGAGGCUUCCUGAAGUUCUAGUCAUUCAUCUAAAAAGAUUCUCGUACAGCCGGGCAAUGAAGCAUAAAGUAGAAACUUUUGUCAACUUCCCUAUUCACGAUUUUAACCUAACAAAUUAUGUAGCUGACAAGAGAAGUUCCCGUUCUCAGCUCUACGAACUCUAUGCCUUAACCAACCAUUAUGGUGGCAUGGGCAGUGGCCACUACACCGCACACAUCAAACUUCUAGACGAGAAUAGGUGGUACAACUUUGACGACAGCCAUAUAUCACCAAUAAACGAAGAAGAUGUAAAGUCGGCUGCUGCGUAUGUUCUGUUCUAUCGAAGGGCAAAGUCUGAUACCUCAGGCAGUGGUGUUGCAGGGUCUCGUAGAGACCGUGACAAAACAUCUUAUAAGCAUUGAAGUGCAGGUACUUGCUUUAAAGCUAUUCGCUGCCAUGCAUGCAAGUUCAAGACUGUAGAGUGCUAAUCCACAGGUAGUUGUGAGAUUUGUCUCUACAAAAUAUUUAGUGAUUCGCUCCAUGUGCUGCUUAACAUUCGCUAACCUAUUGCCUGGACAAAACAUUGUGUCGAGAGUUAUAUUAGAUCGAAAAUUAGACACU